GAGGUGUGGAAGCUGCUGCUGACUUUCUUCUGCCCCAUCCUCUGCUACACCAACCUCAUUUCCUUUAGAAAGCAAGAGGAACAAGAUAACAAGCUAGAAGACGAAGAAGGGAAGCCCAACGAGGACCACGUGGAUAGCAACUAUGACUAUGGAACCACUGUGUUCUCCUACCCUGACAUGAAACACAUUGACGGUGACGCUCAGGCUCCAGUCUCUCCUUCAACACCCAUGAUUGACAAAGACACACUUUUCCGACCGCCGCGGCGUCCCUUCAUCGUGUCACGCUGGCGUCAGUUCUGGUUCGCACCUGUCACCUCAUUUUUGGGCAACGUGGUGAUGUACUUCCUCUUCCUGGUGCUCUUCGCCUACGUGCUGCUGGUGGAUUUUAAGCCGCCGCUUCUUGAGGGUCCGGCGGUCUCGGAGUAUGUGUUGUACUUCUGGGUGUUCACCAUCGUGUGUGAGGAGAUUAGGGAGACGGCCUUUUUGGGGAUGAUGUCUUGGCGCCAAAGGCUGAAGAGCUACAUUCAGGACGUGUGGAAUAAAAUCGACAUCGCCGCCAUAAUCCUGUUCAUCAUUGGACUGAUCUGCAGGUGCGACCAUCGAAUACUUAAAGCACUUAUCUAUAAACCCAUCAAUGGAACACCUGGAUAA